CAACAAGCAAUAUAUCCAAUAACUUUAAUCUUUUCAUAAAUCUUCACGAGCCUCAAAAAGAAUUUCAAACUUUAAAGAAAGAGAUGGCUUUGAUGAGAAGUGUACUGGGUGCAAAGAAGGUUUUUGGAGCGGUAACAAGCAAAGGGGCAACCUCUGCGACACCAAAAGGGUUUCUUGCGGUGUACGUAGGAGAGAGUCUGAAGAAGAGAGAUGUAGUGCCAAUCUCAUACCUGAGCCAGCCUUCCUUUCAAGCUCUACUCGGUAAGUCUGAAGAAGAGUUUGGGUUUGAUCAUCCAAUGGGUGGAUUAACCAUUCCUUGUCCGGAAGAUACAUUCGUCAAUGUGACUUCUCGGUUCCAGUGAUGAUUACUUGACUGUCAAGUUUUGUUAUGGGAGUUAUAGAAAUAGACAUCCAUUGUAAAUAGAUGACCUUUUUCUCUCUCUUCUUCAAAUACUUGUUCUAAAGUUUAGAAAGUGAGUGCCAUUUUUAUGUAAUAGACAAUAUCAUGUGAAUACAUUUUGGAA